AUGGAUUUACAACAACAUCAACAAUAUCAACAUCAACAGCAACAUCAACAUCAACAUCAACAACAGCAGCAACAGCAACAGCAACAUCAACAUCAACAACAGCAGCAACAGCAGCAGCAACAGCAAAGACCAUCACCAGUACAAGAAAUGUUGAGCGAGACAGGGGAUGGACGCAAGCGACGACGGACUUCAACAAACUAUGGAGCCAACGCGGGGAAAAAGUAUGUUCACUGGACAGACGAUCAAGUGGAACGGUUAUCAGCGUAUCUAAUGCAGCAUGUGGAGUUUGCGACAUCACCAUCGAUGGAAGCCUGCGAAGCUAUCAAAAUGAAGAUAUUUGCCAGUGAGACGGAAGUGACACCUAAGCGGUUAUUUGGGAAGAUUUGCAACAUGCGUGCGGCGUAUCGACGAAAUGAAGCAAAGCUUAUGACUCAAUCAAAUAACGGCUUGGAUCUGUUGCCAAUGUCGCGAACUUCUUCAUCAACAAGUUCUGGGGAUGGAGCGCGGCUGACGAACACAAGUGAUAGUGCAAGUUCUUUACACACACGGCAAGGCGUUUUUACAGUACCGGGUGACGGGCGCAAGCGGCGAAUGCGGCGGCACUAUCAAAUGGACAAUAUAUAUUCCGAGUAUGAUAGCAAAAGACAACAGCAGCAGCAGCCGAAUGGUGGAACAGGCGGAGGAGCAGGAGCAGGGGCAGUAGGGUCAACUGCAACGACGUCGUUCAUGACGUACCGGAAAAAGGGUCAUGCGUCAGCACUUAUCAUGUCCUCGCCGGCGGGGGCUGGAGAAGAAGAGGAAGAUGUUGAGGGUGAGAGAAGGAAGCCUGAAGGAGGGAUUCAUUUUCAAAGUGUGAACCGGUAUCCAGGUGGAGAAGGAGGAGGUUCAUCUGCAGUUGUUUCAGCAGCAGCGACGGCAGCAGCAGCAGUUGCGGCGGCGGCAGUUGCUGGUAAUGGAGGGAAUGGUGGUGCGCCACAUUAUCUGGUUGCACCAAUGACAGGAGGGGUUGGAGAGACGAGAAAACUUGGAAGGAAUGGUGAAGAGGAUGAUGAGGAAGAUGAUGAAGAUGAGGAAGAGGAUGAAGAUGAAGAUGAUGAAGAUGAGGAGGAAGAUGAAGAUGAAGAUGAUGAGGAAGGGUAUGGGACAGUUCGAGAACAAUUGGAUUCACUUGUGAAUGAUUUGCACGCUUCAUUGAAUGAGCAACGGGAGUUAUGGCAGCAGUUGAUGGUAGGGGCUAUUAGUCCUAGUAGUAAUAGUGAAUAUACGAUUUUUGGUCGAGGGACUGAGAAGACAGGAACUACGGGAGGUUUAAGAUUAGGAGGAGUAGGAGAAGGGGUAGGGGUAGGUGGAGGAGGAAUGGGAGGGAUGGGAGAAAUAGAAAAAACAGUAUUAGCAGGAGGAGAAGGCCAAAAUAUGACGAGAGUUUUACAAGAAUAUUUGGACCGGAAAUUGAUGCAAGAUGCACAGAUUCAUAAAAACAUUAUGGGUGCAGUGGAACGGGUUGCAAAGAUCCAGAGUGCAGCGCAAGUUAAGGCUGCAAGGUCAUUGGAGCGUGUUGCGGUGGUACUUGAGCGGGUAGUGAAACGCAGUAAUGGAGGUGGAAAUGGAGGUGAUGUGAAUGGAAAUAUGAAUGGGAAUAUGAAUAUGAAUAUGAAUGGAAAUGUUAAUAUGAAUGGGAAUAUGAAUAUGAAUGGACAUAUGAAUGUGAAUGUUUUAUAA